AUGCGUUUAUUACCAUUGCCAACCAUUAAGGGAGGAGUAAAGGGAAAUGACCCAGGAUGUGCUUCAACAUCAAAGGCUUGUGUAUAUGGCAUCCAGUACGGUGACUCAUCCUUCUCUGUUGGCUUUUUCAGCCAUGAGCGGCUGACGGUGACCGACACCGACUAUGUGGACGGCUUCCUUUUUGGUUGUGGCCAAAACAACCAAGGCCUCUUCGGCGGCUCGGCCGGCUUAUUAGGCCUCGGCCGCCACCCUAUUUCCUUUGUCCAACAAACCGCCGCAAAAUAUCACAAAAUAUUCUCCUAUUGUCUUCCUUCCACCGCAAGCAAUGUAGGUUACCUUGCCUUUGGUGCUUCUAGAGCUUCUAGUUAUGUCAAAUACACUCCCUUUUCGACCAACUCGGCCGGCGCUUCCUUUUACGGCCUAGACAUCACCGGAAUAACUGUUGGGGACACCAAGCUCCCUGUUUCUUCCUCCACAUUCUCUACCGGCGGCGCGAUUAUAGACUCCGGAACCGUGAUCACCCGGCUUCCACCAACGGCCUAUACCGCCUUAAGAUCAGCAUUCCGACAAGGUAUGGCAAGGUACCCCAUGGCGAGCAGUUUGUCCAUAUUGGACACAUGCUAA